GUGGGGAUUGUUAGAGUUCGAACGGCGACGCCUCAGAACACUCACCCUCAUACGUUGCGUCUCUUCCAGUUCAUUGAAACGCUUUGGAUUUGACCAGAAUGCUCUCCUGUUCUAAAUGACAGCUAGUAAUGUCGUCAAAGGAAAGCCAUUUAGAGCGGACUGCGCUAGAGCCGCGGCAGAAGGUAUAGUUUUCAUUCAUACGCCUCUGUCGGCAAAUACUAAAAUAUUCUGCUGUUCCACGCAGAAUCUUUUGGAUGUUGAAUUAAGCGCCGUGUCAAAUAUUACAAACAGAGUCAGACUACUCAGACUACAGCUCCAUACCCCAAUCGAGUUUGCCGCCGGCCAAUGGCUUGAUACGUAUGUCCCGGGAGUCGUCAAAGCUGGUGGCUUCACUAUAGUCUCUCAACCUGCAGACGCACUGCGUUCAGUGCGGCCGUACUUGGAGCUCGCAGUGCAAGAUUCUCCAGGGAACCCUGCCGCGGCCUGGCUAUGGAGAGGUGAGGCAGAGAUUAUAGGGCAAACGCUGCAAGUCCGCAUAGGAGGGAGCUUCGUCUUGCCUGAGAUUUCUCUGCUUUCUAGCCUAAAAAGAAUUAUUUUUGUAGCUGCUGGAGUGGGGAUCAAUCCGCUAAUCAGUAUGCUGGGAUAUCUCGAGGAGCAGCGCAUUCCGGGCCUCGAGGUUUCUUUGCUCUUUGGAGUACGAGUCUUGCUGGGCGAUGAAAUCUUAUUUCUGGACCGAAUUGCCGCUAUAUUCAAGCCAGGGAAGCUUCGCGGAUGCGUAAGGCUAUUUAUCACACCGCCAGAGACACCGGCCACGGUUCCUGCAUACUUUCAUGGCAUCGACGUGUCACUGCAGCAGAGGCGUCUAACGCUAGAUGAUAUCUUGCAGGAGCUGCAAAAGAGCGGCUCGGUAGAGUCGAGGGCCGUAUAUCUGUGCGGUCCUCCAACUAUGACGGAUGACAUAUAUGCAGAAUUAACGGCGGCAAGGUACGCAGAUAUGCUACACCCACACAAUGUGUGUAUUGAAAAGUGGUGGUAGGUAGUUGAAAAUAAGUAGAUUGAAUCGCUAUUUAAUACGCCAUAUCUUGAGAGCAAAUGUAAAAGAAUUAGCCACUAUUUUGUCCCCCUCCCCUCCCCUAAGAACCAUGAUAUUGGAAUGUAGCCCAGCACACAACUUCUAACCAAACAGAUCUUGCGCCUUUUGUCGUUGCUUCGACUUGGAGUCAAACAGCUCUUUGCCGGCGUUGCUUUGACCACCAAGCUUCGCAGGGAACAGCUCUCUGGCGUUGGCAGUGCCUUUAAUAGAGAAGCCUCCAACCGAAGAGUCCUGGUUGGCUGAGCCCUUGAUAGCAAAGCCGGCUUCUGGUGCCAUUUUGGGCAUAUCCUCGUCGCGCAGAUGUGCCGAGCCAAUGGCGCGCUCGAGCUUAUCGAGCUGGCCAACGCUAGACGAGGUCUUUGAGGGAAACAGCUCCUUGUUCUUGUUGCUCGAUGAUAUUCUGUCACGAAUAGACCUGGCGGCCUCUCGGUUGCGCACGACAUCGUCGCUGCCGCCCAUGACGGUGUCAUCGCGCAUUGGUGAAGCUGAGCGAUUACGGCGCGCGCCCCUGUCAGCAAAGAGCUCCUUGCCUCUAUUUUCGCGCGAGAACGAAUUCCGACGGUUGUCGCGGCUCGUGGACCGCCGGCGCGGCGCGUCGUCAUACAUACUGGCGUCAAACGCAUCUUGAUCGUCGUCAUCACGGCGCCGGUGUGAUCGCUGGUCGCUGUCCCGGUUACGGUAUCGCGGUCGCUCCUCUCGCCUUCUUCGCUUCUCCUCGGGGUCGUGCUCGGGGUGUAGCAGAUAGUAUCGGCUGCGUAGGGCGGCGCCGCGCUCCUUGCGGUCGCUGACCACAGCGAAGCGCACCGUCAGAGUCGUCUCUGGCUUGUCGGCAAGAGGCUUGGCUGGCACAACCUCGCCAACGGGUAAAGCUGAGGCGUCGGCAAUUUCAACGGCGCUCAGAGCCGCAAUGGCUUCUCUAGCUGUCGGCUCCGAGCUGAAGACAAGGUUGGCUGAAGUGUCGUCGAUCCACUCAAUCUUGUCGACGUCGCCGAAAUGUGAUUUGACGUACGCCUUGAUGUCGUCUGUGUGUAGCGAAUCGACGCCGCGAAUAUGGAUCUUGUUGGGUACAAGAGUGGUCGCGUCGUUGUUCGGCUUGGGCUCGUCCUCUUCAGCGACUUCACCGUCUUCAGCGUGCUCGUCUGUUU